CACGCGCACGCACACGCGGCUCUCCUGGGGACGCGUGGAAGGAAAAGAGAGAGAGCGAGAGAGAGAAAGGGAGGGAGAAAGACAGCUAGAGGGACGUUGGCUUUCUCUUUGUACUGGAUAAAGAAGAGUGGACUGCCUUCCUUUUUUUAUGUAAGCAGAGUUCGCAUGCUGUAAAUAGGCCAAGAAGCCGGUGACUUUUUCUAUAUACGUGCGGCCUGGAGCAAGAAAAGCAACUCCUCUUUUGAUCCAAAGGCGAAUAAUCCCCCUUUUUUUAGCACCCGGGGGGUUGGAUCGGAUCUCGAACCGAGCGAGAAUGGCGGCCGUCACGAGCCCGGAGACGAGCCCUCAACCCCGGGUGUAUUUCCAGACGCCGGCCGGCACCGCGGAGGAGCCCGAGACUCCGGUUCGGAAGCAGGGACGCGUCACCGUCAAAUACGACCGCAAGGAACUGAGGAAAAGACUCAAUUUGGAGGAGUGGAUCAUCGACCAGCUAACGGACCUCUACGACUGUGAGGAGGAAGCCAUCCCAGAGCUAGAGAUAGAUGUGGAUGAACUGCUGGAUAUGCCCAGUGACGUAGAGCGGGCCGCCAGAGUCAAGGACUUAUUGGUGGAUUGCUUUAAACCCACUGAGGACUUCAUCUCGGAGCUCCUGGACAAGAUCAGAGGGAUGCAGAAGCUCUCUACGCCUCAGAAGAAAUGAUGACAUCCCUCCUUUUGGUUCUUCAGUCACCUCCCGUCUUCCCCUCGCCCUUUUCGUCACUCAAGUCAUCAAGUGCUGGAGUUAAAGGGAAGACUAGUCCAGUUUUGUCAGGUCAAACAUACAACCAGUUUAUUUUUUUCCUAGCGGAGUUUAGGGGUGAACUUUACUGUACACCACCAAUGCCUCCUUUUUACCGCCCCGAGAUGCAUUUAAAGACUGCUGCAAAAUCUGCACUCUUGACCACCAACGAAACUCAAGCUGUGUAUUUAUUUAAACCAGCGACAAAAAUAACGCUAAUAUAGCCGUGGCUGAAGUAGGUUUUGCUAAAUUCCCUCCGGUUGCUAAAUGCUAAAAUCGUCAUAGCAUUUUUUAAAAUUUCAUUUGAAACAUUUUUUUCCUGCUGUUCCGUACCUGAGAGUUGAUUUUAUUUUCGUAAAGGACUGGUUCCUGUUUUAGUGGAUUUUUUUCCUUGUCCCUCAACUAAGAUGCCUUGUUGUUUUUAUAAUUAUUAUACAUAUAUUUUGACUCUUUUUUUCCUUUUCUUGCUGCUGCUCUUUCUCCUUUUUUGGAACACUUUGGACAUUCUCUCCGAUAUGAGGCUCAUUCCAGAACUGGAGGACAUUUUGACACUUGACUUUUCUCAUUUUCUGCGACAUAUUCAUCAGUAAUCGCUAAUAAACUAAUAAAGGCUUGAUUAGCUUAGCUUAGAAGUUAAUAGCAUGAUUUUUAUGACAUGAUUUAGUUGAUAUUCACACAGUAACAGGGUUGCAAAUCCAAACUAAUGUUAGCUUUAUCCCAAGAGUACAAGCUAGCUUUUUAGCUAGCUAGCUGUUACUUGUGAUAAAGAAGACCAACUUAGAAGUUAAGAAAUUUGUUUUAUUUUAGCCGUCUUCUUGCUAGCUAGAUAGCUCUUUUGAUUUUUAUGACAUGAUUUAGUUGAUAUUCACACAGUACAAGAGUUGCAAAUCCAUACUAAUGUUAGCUUUAUCCCAAAAGUACAAGCUAGCUGUUUAGCUAGAUAUCUGUUACAUGUGAUAAAGAAGAGAAACUAGCUUAGAAGUAAAGAAAUUUGUUUUAUUUUAGACGUCCAAUGGCUAGCUAGAUAGCUCUUUUGGUUUUUAUGACAUGAUUUAGUUGAUAAUCAUACAGUAAAAGGGUUUCAAAUCGAUACUAAUGUUAGCUUUAUCCCACGAGUACAAGCUAGCUGUUUAGCUAGCUAGCUGUUACUUGUGAUAAAGAAGACUAACUUAGAAGUUAAGAAAUUUGUUUUAUUUUAGCCGUCUUCUUGCUAGCUAGAUAGCUCUUUUGAUUUUUAUGACGUGAUUUCGUUGAUAUUCACACAGUAAAAGGGUUGCAAAUCCAUACUAAUGUUAGCUUUAUCCCAAGAGUACAAGCUAGCUGCUUAGCUAGCUAGCUGUUACAUGUGAUAAAGAAGACAAACUAACUUAGAAGUAAAGAAAUGUGUUUUAUUUUAGACAUCCAAUGGCUAGCUAGAUAGCUUUUUGGUUUUUAUGACAUGAUUUAGUUGAUAUUCACACAAUAAAAGGGUUGCAAAUCCAUUAGAAUGUUAGUUUUAUCCCAAGAGUACAAGCUAGCUGUUUAGCUAGCUAGCUGUUACUCGCGAUAAAGAAGACAAACUAACUUAGAAGUAAAGAAAUUUGUUUUAUUUUAGACAUAAAAUGGCUAGCUAGAUAGCUUUUUGGUUUUUAUGACAUGAUUUAGUUGAUAUUCACACAGUAAAAGGGUUGCAAAUCCAUCAGAAUGUUAGUUUUAUCCCAAGAGUACAAGCUAGCUGUUUAGCUAGCUCGCUGUUACUCGCGAUAAAGAAGACAAACUAACUUAGAAGGAAAGAAAUUUGUUUUAUUUUAGAUGUCCAAUCGCUAGCUAGAUAGCUCUUUUGACAGCUAGCUAGCUGUUAAUUGUGAUAAAGAAAACAAACUAACUUAGAAAGAAAGAAAUUUGUUUUAGUUUAGAUGUCCAAUCGCUAGCUAGAUAGCUUGCACUUUAGCUAGCCGUUAGCACAGAGGUGCGUAGAGUUGCCAAAAAUUUGACAAACAGCGCUACAGAUGUAAAUCACAAUCAAAAUUCAUGUUCUGGGCUGAUUAUUUCUUCAGUUACUGUACCAGUUGUUUCAUUAAUUGCUAGUAAUGGUAUUUAUUUUGACACUGUAAUAAUGAGAGUCUUAUGGCACCUCUGUCAAAUAAAGUGUUAUUAACCCGAAUAAAUCAACAAAUAUGCCGCACUGGAUGGCAUAUAGUGCAGAAAUUAUGGUGAAUUGACUCAGAAACGUCAUCUUUUAGUGUUUUAUACACGGAUUACUUCAAAUUUGAUGAGUGCAAUGUAAAAUAGCCUCCAUUUCUGGAAUGAUGUUUUUUUAAGCAGGGGAAAGUAGUGGGAGAAAAAUGUCAUUUCUGAAUGCUUUGAAUGAGCGGGAAACACGUGAACAAACACAGCUGUCUCUAAUGAGCCAUUUGUCGUGAGUCCUAAGCCUGACAGGCGGCCAAUAGGAGAAGCACAAAGGUUUGGCCGCGAUUCCCGCGACCGAUCGCCAACACGGGUGAGCGCCAUCUUGUCACUCGUGUCUUUGCUCUCCUUCAUUUUCACCCACUUGCUUCUUUUCUUUAUGAAACAGAUGUUGCCUUAGGUAUUAUUUAUGUUACACAAACCAAAUAAAUGGAAGUCUUUUUUUUUUUUUAAGUGUAAACUGUUUUUUGAAACAGAUGAGAUUCUCAUGUUUGGCUUCUUUUUAUGUUAUUUUUAUUUUUUAGAAGUGAGUGUUUAAUACUUAGGCCUUGAUGCAGUGAUCCUGUUUAGAUAAUGUUCUUGAUAUUUACCAUUUGAAUACUGGUCUGUUUUUAAUACGAUCAUGAGGCGUUUUCUUGCCAAACCUCGGAUUUACGCGAACAAAAAUCCAAUCAGAUGCUUUUCGUGUGAUUGACGAAGCCAUGAAAACUUGAAGAUUGUACUACAAGAAAAGGCAAAAUCAAUCAUAGUCAGAGUGUUUGAGUGGAUUAUUUUUUCAUAAUCCAGGUUUUGGAUGAUACCUUUUUAGAAUUUUUGAGAUUUUGUUUUUCACUGUUUGAAAAAAUUGACACUCAACAACAACAACGAAAAAAUUAAUUUACCGAAUAUUGUCAUUGAGGCUAAAUACAGGAGCUAAACAGAUUUUAGGACAAUUGAAUCAAAGCAAGAAACAAAUGUAGCAAUAUCAACAACAGGUCCUGUUUUUGUUCAAUUUUGUUACACUUUUAUGCAACUUUAAUAAAAACGUCAAAUUUUA